GGUUACUUGUCUCGCCAGACCUACCGUGCUUGGAAACAACUCGGGAAGCUACCGGGGAGCUCGGAUACCAGAAGGCGGCUUAUAAAUACGAAAGACCCUGAGCCUAGGACUAUCCUCUGGAGAGAAGACUCUUCAGGGGUAGAAAUCAAGAGCCCAGAACAUGCUUUUCUCCUUCUAAACAUCACUCUGAACAGGCCUUGUUCAUGCUGCCACCAUAAUAUCUGAGUGCCUCCCAGGCUAAUAGACUGCCAUAGCGAGGUCCCUACUUGACCUCAUGGAGUCUUCUGCUCUCCUCCCUGCUCAGGUGUCGGGGAGCACCAGCUGGGAGUCUCCCAGGGCUCUAUUUAUUUCGCCGGCCUCCGUCAUGUCGUGCUUCACGCAGCUGUGGCACUCCAACACGCCAGACUCUCCCACCAGCCCAGUCCCUGCAUCUCCAAGUGAAAUCCCCAUCCCCAUCAGCCCCAUUGUUGUCACCUCCCCAGGGGAUGGCAAGAGGAAGGCGAGGUCCCCAACCGACAAGCCGGGCUCUCCGAACCCGACGUCUCCGAAGCCGGCCUCCCCCGUCGAGUGUUCCAUUUGCUUCAACACCUAUGACAACACCUUCAAGACGCCCAAGCUGCUCCAGUGCUCCCAUGUUUUCUGCCUGGAGUGUGUGGCCCGCCUGAGCACGGGGCUACCCCCAAAUCAACCAGAGGACCAGCUCCCCUGUCCCUUCUGCAGGCAGCUGACCAGCAUCCCUCUGGAAGGUGCCCCAGCGCUCGAGACCAGCAAAGAGCUCCUCGCCACGCUGCCUCCCGAACUCCAGCAGGAGAAGGUGCUCUGGAUGGAAGGGACCAAGCUCUGCUGCCGUCAGUCAUCCGAUGACCCUGAGAACCCAGACUCGUGUAUCUCCAUCGAUGUCGCCAUGAGCAAGCCGGAAACUCCGGAGGCUCCCCCGGCGGGGAUAGCUGGGAGGCUGUCCCGCUGCGACAUGUGCGACGACUGGAAACGCAUAGUCCUCCUCUCCGCGUUGAUCAUCAUCCUGUUCUGCAUCAUUCUGUGGCCGGUCCAGUGUGCCCUGAAGACGGGGAACCUCCGCUGCUUCACGAGGACUGUUGCAAUGAGCAGGCCGGAGUAUCUUCCCCCGAAACACACCACAGCGGCAACACCCGUGACACGACUCCCUUUCCCGUAGCAGCGAGGCGGCCCCUCGCUCCCGUCUAUCCCUCCCCACGGCACGGCGCGGAGGCAGAACAGGGCUUACCGCCCUGACGGCAUUCCUUGGUUUGCCGGCAGAC